AGUGCAGCAAUUGAGUUUUUCAGGACAAAUGGUUUCCCUUGCCCACUUCUUCAAAAUCCGUCUGAUCAUUUUCUUAAAACAAUAAACAAGGAUUUUGACGAGGAUAUCGAACAUGGUUUAGCUGGAAGAAAGCCAACAGAAGAAGUGGUAGAUUUUCUCAUAAAUUCAUAUGAAUCGUCCGACGAAUACCAUGAAGUUCAGAAUCAGGUUGCAGAAAUAUGUCAACAGGGAGGUGAAAUGUUAGAAAAAAGAAGUCAUGCUAACUUCUUUACACAAAGCCUUGUUUUGACAAGGAGAUCAUCUCUGAACAUGUUUCGUGAUCUUGGCUACUACUGGAUGCGAUUUGUGUCAUAUGUCAUCCUUGCUUUAGGUCUUGGCACCAUCUACUAUAACGUUGACUUAAGUUAUCGUUCAAUCGAGGAAAGAGGUCUAAUGGUGGCUUUCGUUGUUUCAUUCAUGACAUUCAUGACAGUUGGUGGAUUUCCUUCAUUUGUGGAGGACAUGAAGGUAUUUCAAAGAGAAAACUUGAACGGACACUAUGGUUCUUCCGCUUUUGUGAUUGGCAACACUGUUUCCUCCAUGCCCUACUUGUUAUUGAUUUCACUAGUUCCAGGUUCCAUUGCCUAUUUCCUCACUGGAUUUCAACCGGGAUUCGAGCGUUUCAUCUACUUUGCUCUUGUUCUCUUCAUUAGUAUGAUGAUAGUCGAGAGCCUAAUGACUAACGUUGCAGCUAUUGUCCCUAAUUUCCUCAUGGGCAUUGUAGUUGGUGCAGGAAUACAAGGAUUGAUGAUAUUAAGUGGCGGUUUUUUCCAAAUACCUAACGAGUUACCUAAAAUUAUUUGGAAGUACCCGCUAUACUACAUUUCUUUUCACAGGUAUGCUUACCAAGGCAUGUUUAAGAAUGAAUUUGAAGGAUUAUUUUUCACGGACAAUGUCAAUGGAAUCAACGUUACUAUGAGCGGAGAAGAUGUAUUGAGAGAGAAAUGGCAAGUAGAAAUGGGCUACUCAAAAUGGGUAGAUCUUGCUAUUUUGGUAGUUAUAUUGAUUUUGCACCGUAUGGUAUUCUUCUUGAUUGUCAAAACCAAUGAAAUAUUUGUACACGCAAGGAAAACAUCCACAUCCGUUAGUUAAUCAAUUGCAGUUUAUAUAUAAUUAAUGAUUUUCAACUUUAUAAGU